UUUCCAACCAUCUAUGCCAUUGCAAUGGAUAUUCUGCCUAUUCAAGCCUCUGCUGUGCCCUGUGAAUGUAUUUUCUCAUCUGGAAAGAUAACAGUCACAGGCCGGCGCAACAAAAUCAGUGGAGAACUCAUGGAAGCACUGCAAAUUCUCAAGUUUGGGUUCAAGCAAGGUCAUUCUCUGUCUUUCACACAUGGUUUGACAUAG